CUCCCUGCAGUCCCGUCUGCAGCCAGAGGAGGCGCCGUGCCAGGAGAGGCCUAAAGGUUGGAGCUGAAAAUUCUAUGGCCGUCGCUACGUGCGCGCCUUUGGAUUCAUUUUCAGCCACAGUGAUGUUGCCUUGACUGUUUAAGCUGCCAUGUUGGAUAGUUGGACUGAAGAUGGCAGCACCUGUCUGAGAUGAGGCUUGGCAGUGUCUGUCUGUGACAAUCAGCAAUGGACUUCAUCCACAACAGCACAGCCAAAGAUGAGGACAUCUUAAAUCUCUUCAUUCAAAAUAUGACUUGUGAGGUUUUUGACUUUUCACCCAUCAAUGGAGCUGUGUUCAUCACAAUCUUCAUCCUCAGCAUCAUCGGCAAUGUCCUCCUCUUAUGUAUUCUGUUUAUUUGUGAAAAACAUAAUCUUUUCACAUAUAUCUUCAUUAUAAAUCUUGCUUGUUCUGAUUUGAUCUUCACUGCCUCAGUCCCCUUCUGGGCUGUCUACCACCUUCACUAUUGGGUCUUUGGGGACUUUUUGUGCAAAUUCAUCAUUUGGAUGCACUUCACUGGUCUCUACAGUAGCAUCUUUUUACUCAUGGCAAUGACUGUGGAUCGUUUUUGUACUGUGGUGCUGAACAACUGGCCAAACGACAAUCAGAGGAAGAAACGUUAUAGCAUCGGUGCCUGUGUGGUUGCCUGGCUGAUAAGUAUUGGUCCAUCUGUGUAUGAUGCUUCCAAAAUGGAGCUGUCUGAUGAUUACUACUGUGAAGUUUAUCGUAUUGAUGAGGUUGGAUAUUAUUUUCAAGUUGCUUUGCUGAUUUUGAUCCCAACUGUCAUUAUUAUUUUAUGCAAUUGUGCCAUUAUAUAUACUAUUUUACGAGCUGCACACAGGACAAGGCACAAAGCUCUAAGUAUAGUUUGUUGUAUUGUUGUAGCCUACAUCAUCUGCUGGGGACCCUACAAUAUUGUACUUUUUGUUCAGUCCACAAACUGUGAAGAAAUGCAGCGGAUGAAUAUUGUCUACAGUAUCUGUCGAAUGCUUGCCUUUUCCCACUGUUGGAUAAACCCUUUUCUAUUUAUGCUCACACAAAAAAUCCGAAAUCACCUGCUUUAUAUUUUGCGCUACCGAGUUGCUAGAACAAACAGUGAGAGAGGCAGUGGCCAGGCUUAUAUUCAGAAUGCCAGUGAAUCUCGCAGUUCACGUCUUUAAGCAACAUUGCUGAAAUUCAAGAGUACUUGUUAUAUAGUACAUGCAUAUGGAAUCUAGAAUAUUAUUCCAAAUAGAUUGGCAUGAGAUGGCUUACCACGCUCAAAUAGUUGGAAGUAUAUAUAAAUAAAGAAAAACAAAACUUUUUUGCACAUGGGUGAUGAGAACAAAUGGAUCAAAAAAUACAGUUUUGUAAUAUUAGUGUAAAGGUGAUAGUCAGCUUUUUUAUGUUCAACUUAUUUUUCUCUUUAUUUCUAUUUCUUAUUUUAAUUUUUUUUUUUAAGAAAUGGUAAGGGAUACGUGUACUGUAAAUGUGAAUGAUAAAACAGGACAAAAAGCACUGUUACAAACAGAUAUUGCUGAUUAGGAAAUACCAAGAACAAAAAGGGAAAGAUAUAUUAGUCAUUUAUUUGAAAAUUUUCGUAUUUUUUAAAUGUUUAAAUUAGUUUAAUCCUUUGUUUUGAUGGAUUUUUGGUAAUAUGAAACCAAAAAUCAUCAGCACAUAGUUAACUGCUAAAUUAACUAUGUAUUGAGUUAUGCUGAAUUGCUGUUGCUGCUUCAGUGUAGUUUUGUUUAUUUUGUACCUGUUACAGUUUUUGGAGUUCUUUUGUGGGUGUUCUG